AUGCUGGAGCCGUUGCCCCUGCUCAAAGACCGCGCUCUGCGGGAGCUGCUUCUCCCGAUGCGCCGCGUCUCGAAAGCCUCAACCUGCACGGGAGAGGCGGUCUGCGGGCUGAGAAGACCGGAAGAGUAUCCCCCAGCGGGAGACUUGCGCAAAUCUUCUGCGGGCGUUUUCCCUAAAUCCGCACCAGCGCUGGGCGACAAUUUCAAGUCGCCUGCUGCCAUUGCCACCAUGGAGCCGUCGCAGGAAUCGAAUCGAGCCCCUGAGAACACCGCGAACCCGGCCGACGUCGUGCCCACCGGCAUGUGUCUGCAGCCCGAAACCCACCCGAUCACCGAGGAGCAGCUCGUGAACGAGGUCCGUGGCAUCUACGCUGGCUUGGUGAUGGUGGAGAAGAAAUGCAUCGAGAUCGAUCGCCAGCAGUCGGAGAGCAAAGAGGAGUUGACCAAUGCCCAAUGGCAAGCGCUGAUUGCCCUGCAUCGAACAUUGCUCCACGAGCAUCAUGACUUCUUCCUCGCCUCGAAUCCACCCUGCCGCCAGCACCAUGCUCAGGAA